UGCACCGAGAGCGAACGGUCGGGGCCGGACUACGGAGACCCAAAGUCUGUUUCUAUCGUAAGGGAAGAACGUGCUGGUCUCGUCGGCGUCUCCGAGCUAUACAUGAUUUUUCUCAUUUCUGUUGUACGCCAUUCUCGUGAAUUUUCGUUCUGAUUUUGCAUUUUUUUCCCCCUUUUCAUCACAAUUCGAUCGCGAGUGAAACGUGCGAAAAUUUGGGAAUUCUGACAGACAUCGCAUAAACUAUCAGUGACAAGAGGGGUUGCUCCGUAUUUACCGGUGUGCCUGUGCCAUGAGGAUUUAAGGACGGUCAGGGAACGAGACGCAUGACAGACGAAAUCAGGGGAGCGUUAUUAGGUGAGAGCUCAGUAGCUUUUGGCGACACGAUCGAGAGAUGUCGGAUGCCGCCGGCACGGACAAUCCGGCGUUCGCCAGCGAGAACGAAUGCGGUUCGAAGACGGAGAACGGCGGCCAGCAGCAAGUGACCUCGGAUCAGGAUCGCAAGUCCUCCUCGGCGGAUUGCGCGCCGGUAGAAAAUGGCCAGCGAUCCUUCAUCUCUAAGCAUUACGUCGAGCCCGUCAAAGCGAAAGCGUCGGAGUCGUGUUAUAAAACGGAAACGAGGAUCGAAUUGCCGGCCGAGAACACGGAGAAGAACGUAUCGGAGCCAAAGCUCAAUGGCGUCCACGGAAAUGGGAAUAACAACGACGCCAGCUUCCUCAACAACAGCACCACGAGCGUGCAGGUCAACGAAUCUGGAAAGAAGGAACAGAUCGAGGCCGUAAACCUGGAACUGGUCUCGAUGAGGCCAUACACGGGUAACAAUAUUCAAACGAAAGGUCAGGAAGCUUGCGAGGUACCAGCUGAUCCUUACGAGGAAUACUUUGUACCGGUUAACGAGCAUCGAAAGUACAUCAGAGGCGAAAAGCUUUACGUCACAAAGGACAAAAGGUCUAGAAACUCGCACUGGAAACAAUUACUCUGCGGAUUCACACUAGUGGUCGUGGCGAUCGCCCUAAUUAUUAUUAUUUUGGCCGCAACUGGUGUAAUCUUUACACAAGAGGCUGCGGAAUCUUUGGAAAAUGAGAAAGAGAAUACUCGUCAGUUCAGCGAUAUAAAUGUAGCUGAAAAUCAAGAAUAUAUGAAGAAUCCACCGUCAAGUCCAUCACCUUUAACCUCGACUUUCCCAUCGUGGCCUACGACUGACGAAACGCUGUAUCAAAUUAUACCGAAUGCUUUAGAUGGAAUCCUGCGACUGGAUGAUUUCGAUUGGAAUGAUUUAAGCAAUACCAAGUCACGAGUGUAUCGUCAAAUAACCGCUGAAAUAGAAAAAAAUCUAGGAAAUAUCCUUACACGAGAGAAUAAUGCGCCUAUAAUUAAAGUAUAUAAUAUCAAUAAUGAAGGUGAAAUAAAAUUCAGAAUAAGUUAUCCACCUAUGGAUACUCCUGAAAAGAAUCAGGAAUAUAUCGAAGAAACAUUACGAAAAAAUAGUAAUAAGAUUGGACAGUAUCAUUUAAGCAGACUUCAAGUAGAAAAGCUUAUUGAUCAGUGUGAACACGGUAAUCUCCAAUGCGCCGAAAGUUGUAAAUAUGACUAUUCCGCGGGUAUAUUCAUAUGUACCUGCAGUUCAGAAAAAAUGCUGGAUCAGGAUGGAAAAACUUGUGUGGAUAACGAUUUAAGUAAUGUCGACAUGGAUGAUGUAAUGUCGCAAUCCAGCACGGAGUCAAAUCAUGAUUUGGUUCAAGGUAGAAGCAGAGAUCCAAAUAUAGCACAAUUCGAAAUCAGACAUUCAAAUACGUGGGAAAAUCCGGAUGUCAAAACAGGAUCAACAGAAAUGGAUACAUCUACAUCGGAACCUAGAACGGAACACGAUCAUUCACAACAAAAAUCGGUACAUCAGUUCGAAUCUACAACAAAACAUAUUUUCGAAAACGAUCAUUUCUGGAAUCAUGGAGAUUUGCAUCCUUCGUUGGAAAGCAUCUUUAAUAAAAAGCCUGCUGCUGAGCCAGAACCAACAGCUGAACCAGAGCCUACAGCUGAACCCACUGCCGAGCCAGAACCCACUGCCGAGCCAGAACCUGCUGCUGAACCAGAACCUGCUGCCGAGCCAGAACCUGCUGCCGAACCAGAACAUGCUGCUGAGCCAGAACCUGCUGCUGAAUCAGAACCUGCUGCUGAGCCAGAACCUACUGUUGCAGUCAUUGUCCCACCAGAAUCCACUCAAUCAGGAUUAAACAUCGAAUCGGAGCCUACAUCAGAACCUGUAUCAGAAGUCUCUACAAAAACAGAAAUUGUUCCUAAAAUCGACUCUACUACUGAAAUAGAAUCUAUUACUGAAAGAGAACCUGCUACGGAACCGGUAUCUGUCACAGAAUCGACGACAACUUUUGAUGAAACAGAUGAUGUAAUAUCGAAAACAGAAUCACAUUCAGAGUCAAAUACUGAAAUAUUUAAUCAACCGAAAUCUAUUGUUAAAUCGACAUCUCAUGAUGAUGUCGAAUCUACACAAAUAUCACUUUUAGAUGACUCGAAUACAACUAACGUCCCUAAAUCUUUUGCAGAUUCGAUACAAGAAAAUAAAAAUUCCAAAAUUGAUAAAACUUUGAUUACAACAAAGACUGAAAAUCCGAUAGAUGAUAAUGUACCCUUGCAAGUAAUACCUUUAACAUUCGAAAAUAAAUCUACAGAUACAAACGAUAAUGUGGAAAUUAAAAUGGAAUCAACAACAACUCAAUCUUAUACUAAUAAGGACGAUAGAAUUAAUGAAAGUACAACCAUUGAAACAAGUUUUACUACUUUAAAUUAUGAAGAUUUAAAACAAAAUAAUAAUGACAAUAUUAUAUCAAAUAAAUCUCAAAAUCAUGAAAAAUCAAAUACAGAACAAUUUACGCAAAAUCCCGAUCUUCAAGAAGAAAAAGAAAAUGAUUUUACAAAAAUAAAUGUUGAUGCAAAUCUCAGCAAUAAUUCUAUGAUUAGUAAAGAAUUUAAUUCAAUUACUGUGACAACUACCAUGUCAACUAUAUCAGUAGAAAAUGAAACAGAAUUAAGUAUGGGAACCACGCAUAAUGAUAAACAUUCUCAUACGAUAGAAAUAAAUGGCAUAAAUAAUAAAAAUCAAGAAACAUAUAAUAAUCCUAAAAUAUAUGAGACAACCAUGAUACCAGAAAUUACUUCUUCUGACAUGUCUACUCAAUCGAUAUCUAAUCAAAAAGAACACAUAUUCGAAUCCUCAUUACAAUCUGAUACGCAAGAUUCGAAUGAGAAAAAUGUCAUCGAACAUAUGCCGACAACAGUCUUCCCUAAAAUACCGAAAAAUUUUGCCCAUAACGUCGAGCCACUAAAAGAACCUAUCACGAAACCGGCAGACGAUGAGCACAUCAUGCUGAUAUCGAAACCCGAGGAACCAGUAGAGAUACACGCGAUAAUUCCACAACUCACCCCGGAACAAAGUAUAUCCACACAAAAUGAAACUUUGAAAGCAGAAAACUCGACAGAAAUAAAUAAUGGAGUUGUGAUUAAUGAAGACUCGAAUACAAAAGAAUCUGUAAAAGAUAUAUUCUCGAGCGACUCAUCUACAGUACAUAAUGAUAAAAAUAUCGUCUAUACGGGUAGUAAUGGAUAUACGAUUCACCCUGACGAGAUUCAACAUUCAACGCAUCAUCCUCUUCAUCCGGCGAUACUACCAGAAAAUUCGGUAAAUCAUUUUGCGGGAAAAUCUGACGCAAGUGACGAUCGACACGCUGAGGAUAUGUCACCAUUUUUACCGGAUAUUCAUAAGGAAAAAGAAAACGCAAAAAAAGCACCGCGACUGGAUAAAGAUGAACAAGACGUUCCUAAUCCUUUCGAAACCCAUAUCGAUGACGUUAUAACGCAUCGACCAUUAAUACAUAUUAAUACGGAUGAUAUAAAAUAUAAAAUAAAUGAAACUGAAACUAAAGAUUUAUUAAACGACGUUAAUUUACAUUCUCAUGAAACAAAUGCUACAGACAAUGCUAAAAAUAUUAUAAAGAAUGAUUUAAAUAUGAGCGAAAUUAUGACCGAUACAGAAUUGAAAAAUCAUAACAUAUUGAAUCAAGAUGAUACUUUUGCGAAAUCAAAUAAUAUAACGAAAGACGCUGUAAAUGAAAAAAGGAGCAAUUCUUCCAUUAUAGAACAGGAUGACAAUGAAGCAUUGAAAGUGAUACCAUUAAACACAGAAGAUAAAUUAGUAGAUCCAAUUUUCCAAACUACAAUGCAAUCCACAGAUAAAAAACCAUUAGACUCUAUUAAAGGAUCUACCAUUACUGCUGGAAAGAAAGUAGAAGAUCUUGAGAAUUCCGCGAUAGAAAGUGGUACGACCAGCUUAGAGAAACCAGAAGAGAAUGCCGUAGAAGAUCAAUACAACGACAUUACGGAUGAAAGUUUGUCAAAGGGAUAUCGACACGAUAAUACCGGCAAGGACAUUCCAAUUAAAGUUGUAGAGGGAUCUAAAAAAGCGAUUUUGAACGAUAUUGAUCCUUUAAAAAUUUCUUACAGCCACGUGCCUUCAUCGACAAUCGCAUCUGACAUCGCGAAGGAAAAAAAUGAAACGAACAUGGACACAGCAGAAGGUUCAUUAAAAAUUAAAGACGAAAAACAGAUGGAAGAUGCCAGAUUGACCACUCAAGAGCCUGUGUUACCUGUGGAAAUACAACAGGAAAUGUCGACAACAAUAGCGACCGAUAAAAUUGAAAUUACGACUAUAAUUGAUCAUGAUAAACGAGAGGAAAAUAAUAUGGAACAACCGAAGAACACUGAUCACCAAUCCGAUGAAAAAGAAUCUGAUAUAAUAGCGCAGAUUACAACGAUUCAAUCCACGCUAGAGACCAAAACCACAGCUCAAGUCCCGAUCUUGCCCGAUGAACUGCAAACGACAGAGAGUGAUAUGUUAACGACAACGUCAAUGACUCCGAGUGAAGAUAAGGAAAUGAAUCAAGAAGCUAUUGAUAAAACGAAGCCGCAAAUUUCAAUAGAAAAUAUCAAGGAGGAAACGAAAAAGAAUGUAACCGAUGAGAAAGAGAACAUUACCAGUGAAAUAAACAGUACAUCAACGGAAAGAAGUAUGGCAGCGACGACGACGUACGAGAAUAAUGUGAGUGUAGAAGCCGACCGGGAAAUAGACCAUAAAAAUAUCGAUGAUCCCAACAGAACAAUCGAGAAUUCGACGGAAAGCUCGAAUAUGGAAACUACUCUUAUGAUGUCUGCGACGGAAAAGAGCGUAAUAAAUGGCGCAGAAAAAACUUCGUCCAAUGAUGUCACCACUACAGAAGACAUCAGACCGGUCACGGAAAUGUUGGAUGAUACGCAGCCUAGAACAGAAUUCGAUCAUAGAUUGUUAUUCAUCACGACACCAAGAGCGACAUUCAUCGAACCAGAACUCCCUGAAGAGUCACUCAGAGUAAUACCAUUGGAAAAAAAUCAAGAAAACAAGAAAAAAUCGGGCGACAAAAAGGGAUUCGACAAGUACAAGUAUAAAAAAGAGAAAGACAUGAGUUUGGAGGAGCAAAAUGAGAAUAAUGCGUUGACGGAAAAAUCAAGUUCAACGAUUCUUUCUCAAACGGAAUCGUCAAAGAUUAUUUCGAAAGAUUUUGAGGAUUCGAACGAUAGUGUAAUGAGCUCUGACUUGGAUCCAAGUAAAUCCAAAUUUACCUUAUUUAACAGAGAAGGUAACAUUUUGCCGAAGAAUACGGGAAUUGAUGAAAGCAGUAUCGAAAAUAAGGGAGUAAUCGUGGAAACAAAACCUAAGAAUUAUCCCAGUUUCAUACCUGUGUCGGAAGAGAUAAUAGAGCCCGUACCAGUCACAGAAUCAUAUAUAUUAUUGCGAAAUGCUCGCCCUACGAGCAGUUUUGAAGCAGAGGAUACGACUAUGAACGAGACAGCCGUCGAAGGUCAUACAGACGACUACGAAACGGAUUUCUCUUCCAUCCAUGUAAGAGCGAACGAAACGACUGAACACCCUGUUACUUUUUUAUCGGAUCAAUCGUUCAGCGAGACCGAAGAAAUUGAUGACGUUACGAAAGAGCUGUCUACGAUCCGAUUGAAUGUUCGAACCACGCCACUGGACGUCGAGAGUACAACUACCGUUGCUAGCACCGGCUUUUCAGGAUCUACGCCUAAAGCAAUCCUCUCGAAAUGCAUCACGGGUCAAUAUCAAUGCGCCAAUGGCACGUCUAAAGACGGCGCAUAUUGUGUUCCAUUAUCCGCCAAAUGCGACUCCAAGAACGACUGUUCCGAUGGCUCCGACGAGGUGGAUUGCGAAGAUUGCUCAGGUAACUUCCGCUGCGCCAGCGGAGAAUGCUUGAAGAGACACUUUGUGUGCAACAAAAUCAUGGACUGCGACGACGGCAGCGAUGAACGCGAUUGCGAGAAUUGGAAGUGUCAAUCCGAUGAAUUCAGAUGUCCAAGCGGGAAAUGCAUUCCGGCAUCGUGGCAAUGCGACGGUCGAUUCGAUUGCGAAGAACAUCAAGAUGAAUACAAUUGUAGCGAAAAUUGCAAAGAUAAUCAGUAUCUAUGUCCAACGGAGAAGUUGUGCAUCCCAGAAACGUGGCGUUGCAACGGAAUUGCCGAAUGCAUAAACGGGGAGGACGAGAAGCUGUGCGAUUGCAGUGCAGAUCAAUUCAAAUGUCAAACCGGUGGAUGCGUUUCCUCGAUCGAAAUAUGCGACGGCGUUAAAAAUUGUCCGGAUUACUCGGACGAAUGGAGCUGUCUAAUUACCAAUAUCACUGAAGAUAAAACUAAUACGGAAACGAACACCAAUACCGAAAAUAAUAUGACAAGCGAAUCGGGCGUGUCACUGUUGAAAAUAAGACAAUAUGACAACGAUUAUCGACUAGUCUGUUCGGAUGGAUGGAGCGAAGAAUUUAGCGAUUCUUAUUGUCGGACUUUGGGAUUCGCCGGAGCCGAGACAACUAAGAUUAUCCCGUUGUCUGCAGAAAAAAAUCGGAGCGAGAAAAUUUUAAGACUGAAAACAAAUCCAAAUCACCGUCUGCCGCUAGUCACGAAUCUAGAGCAAGUAGAAUUCUGCGUGUCGAAUAAAGUCGUGCAAGUGUCGUGCGAGGAGUUUUCGUGCGGCCUACAUUAUGCUGAAGGAUCGACCGCGAGAUUAAUCGGUGGGAUGCCAGCCAAUGAUGGACAAUGGUCCAGCAUGGCUUUGUUGAAGGAGCUAAAACACGGGACUACUUGUACAGCUAGUAUACUCGGUCCCAUGCACGCUCUAGCUAGUUAUUCUUGUAUUUACAGAUACAAGGAUAGUGAUGGAUGGCAAUUUUUCGCCGGUGAUGAUAUGCUGAAAAGGCAAUUCGUUAAAAAUAUCGUGCCCUAUCCUCAAGUGAAAUAUAAUCAGUUCCUGUAUAAUAAUGACAUCGCUCUGAUCGAAUUAGAAGAACCAUUAAUAUUUUCCAGAAACAUUAGUGCCGUAUGUCUUCCCAAACUGUCUAUCCAGCCGGGACAAAUUUGCGUAACAGCAGGAUGGGGAUUUUCUAUGAACGGAGAAAUAGAUUUACAACAAUAUCUCAAAUUCUUGCAUCUCCUAACAUAUGAUAAAUGUAAUGUCACGAAUCAUUAUGGAUUUAACACGGAACAUAAUAUAUGCGCAGAAUUCACCGAUAUGGAUAAAAACCCUUGUUAUAAUGACCAAGGAGCGCCGCUGAUGUGUGCCAGUGAAUUACAGGGUAUAUCCGAAAGAUGGGAACUACAGGGCUUACUAAGUUAUCAUAGCAGAUGUUCGAAGGGUCAUCCAGCAAUUUACUCGAGCUUAGAGCCAGUGCUCUCGUGGUUACGCGAAUCAGUGCCAGCUUUGCAAAUGCAAAGUUAAAUCGAUGAUAAAUAAUUAUUAUAUCGAUUUCUCGAGAUAAAGAACUGGUACUGAACGAUAUUGUAUACUAAAUGAGAACCGCAAUUUUUUUUAAUAAGCGAAACAAAAAUAUUACAAAAAGAUCAAACUUUGGGCAAGACUUUCUUUACAAAGUCAUACAUAUUUAAUUUAAUUAAAUUCUAUUUUUUCAAUUGUCA